CGCCCCCUCCAGCCAGGCGUAGGGCUCAGCCGGUGGGAGCACCGGCACCAGGAUCAGCCAGGACAGCCCAGGCCAGGGCCCCGCCCCCUCCCAACCCCCGAACCCACGCAGCAGCCUGGUCCUAGCUCCUCCUCCGGCCUUUGCCCUGCUUUCCAGGCUAAAGGUGCCAUGCCCUCCCCGUGCCGGCUCGGGGCUAGACUGGAUGAACGGGACCCGGCAACGGCGGAGUUGUGAGAUGGUGCAGCCAGGCGGGUGCCCAGGCAGUGACUGCAGUGCUCUUGGUGAGGACUCAUCCCUUGGCAAGGUGGCGGCUUGGCAACUACCCCCCGAGCUGGCCGGGCAUGAGGCCCUGCAGCGCUUCCUGCUGGAAAACCAGGAUCUGAAAGAGGCCAUUCGACAGAGUAACCAGAUGCUGCGGCAGCGCUACCAGGAGUUCGUGGGGUUCCAGGCUGUGCAGCGUGAGGAGAAAGACUUCCUGUUGCUCCGGUUCCGGGAGGCCCGGGAUGUGGUGCAGAAGCUAAAUGCUGAGCGGGCCGAGAUGAAACGCCAGCUGGAGCAGGCCCUCCAGGAGGUGGAGCAGCUCAAGGGAAGCCAGAAGGUAUCAGGAGAGCUCCCUGCCACCUCGCCAAGGGGCAGCAGGGCUUCAGGGUUGGGACACCUGCUCUCAGACAUGCAGAAAGAGAUCCCUGAGCCAGAGGAGGCGGACACGACGACUCUGACCCAGGAGCUGGCAGAGCCCACGAUGGCCCCUGGUCAAGAGACCCAGCAGCUGGAGCAACACCAGGAGGCCAGCCAAGUCCAGCAGCAGGUGCAGCCCAGCAACGUGGGGCUCAAGCAGGAGAAUGGGGUGCAGCUGGAGAGGCCUGUGGAGCUGGAAACCCUGCAGGGCAGUGGGGACAGCAGAGCCAGUAGCAGUCGGGAGGCAGCCGAGCUGUUGCAGAGGCGGCUGAAGGAGGCAGAGGAGGAGAGCACAGGGCUGAAGCAGAAGCUGGCAGCUGUGCAGGAUGAGGUGGCCACGCUGGCAGCCAGGGCACAGGAUGCAGAACAGCAGGUGCAGGCCCUGAGGAAACAGCUGGAGCAGAUGACGGAGGACAGGGCCUCGGUGAAAGCCCAGGUGACUUCCCUACUGGGGGAGCUGCAGGAGAGUCAGAGCCGGCUGGAGGCCUGUGUACUGGAGAAGAAGGAUCUGGAGGGGAAAGCCCAGGCUGCUGCAGAGCAGGGCCGCCGGCUGGCUGGGGAAGCUGAGGCGCUGCACAAGCAGCACAGUGUGCAGGUAGACCAGUUGCGCAUGCAGGCCCAGAACCUAGAGGCAGCGCUGCGAGUGGAGAGGCAGAGCGCCACAGAGGAGAAGCGGAAGCUGGCCCAGCUGCAGGCUGCCUAUCACCAGCUCUUCCAGGAGUACGAUUCCCACAUGAAAUCUAGCCUCGACCAGGAGAAGAGGAGCCAGGGCAUGGAGCUUCACCUGGAGGAGCUAUUGCAGCAGCUGCAGCAGGCAGAGGAGGCACUGGUAGCCAAGCAGGAGCUGAUUGACAAGCUGAAGGAGGAGACAGAGCAGCACAAGACCUUGCUGGAGACCAUCCCGGUGCUGAAGGCUCAGGCUGAUAUCUACAAAGCGGAUUUCCUGGCAGAGCGUGAGGCCCGGGAGAAGCUGCACGAGCAGCGAGAGGCUCUGCAGGAGCAGCUAGAACAGCUGCGGCGGGACUAUGACAAGCUGAAGGCAGACACGGAGGGAGCCACCUGGGCUCUGAUGGAAGAGAUGAGGAACCGCCAUUGGGGGGGGCCCCCGCCUGUCCCACAGCCUGCUUACAACAUGGCUCCAGGGACUUUCCAGCCCGGGCCGGCAGCAGGGCGCAGGCGCAGCAUCCCUGAGGAGCAGCCAGAUUUCUGCUGCCCCAAGUGCCAGUACCAGGCCCCGGAUAUGGACACGCUGCAGAUCCAUGUGAUGGACUGUAUCAAGUGAUGCCUGGCAGGUGGCGGCACCUGGGCAUGGGAGGGAAGGGGCAGAGCCUAGCCUGCUUCCCCCCUCCAGCAUGUGCUGCUCUCUAAAUGGGGUCAUAGCUGCCUUGAGCCAGUGGGAAGGGCCAGUCUAUGGGUAGUGGGGGGAAGGGGCAGGCUUUGCACCACUGUCUUUGCCUUACCUAAAACUGAAUGUACAUGAUCUGCUGUAAUUCAGAAAUUUGCCAGUCUAGAGCCCGACAGCCAAGGGGGGAGGAAGGAGGCAGGUGGGCUGGAACCAUUUGUAUGGGGCAGAAGGGAGGGACUGUGAAAGCCACUGAACUAAACUUCCACCCAUGCAGAGAAUGGAAAUAACUUCAAACCAAAAGCUCUUUCUCCCAGCACCUAUGGGGAGAUGAUGUGAUGGGGAGGUUUCACUGCUCAGCUCCUUUGGAAGCACCUUACUGUUCCUCCUGCAGCACUUGCAGGGUGUGAUUGAGCAAACAGACUCCCCUGCUCAGCUUCAGGCUGCCACAGUAUCUCUGCUUCCCUUCUGUACUGUGCACAGGUUAGUGAAUGUUACUGUCACUGCUGCUCCCAGGCAGACUCCUGCCUUCAUGUCAAGCCUAUUAAUAUUAAACCUGUCUCUGGA